UAUCUGAGGGAAUUUUCCCCCCCAAGCAAAGCAUGAACAGUUGUUAAGUGGAAAAUGGAGGCUGCAUUUUACAUGGCGAUUCUUACCUGCGUGAUCUUCGGGAACUCAGAGGGGUUUCAGAUUGUCCAUGUCCGGAAACAACAGUGCCUUCUCGAAAAUAAGAUGGUGUCCAUAGGCUUGUGCAAUGGCACCAACCAGAACCAGCAGUGGACAUGGACUGAGGAUGGAAAACUCCUUCACGUAAAAUCUGCGCUCUGCCUGGGCAUCUCCAAUUCCUCCGGCGGCCCUUCCCGAUCAGCCAUCUUUGUCCACUGCUCCCAGGCCCCCCGAUGGACUUGCCAUGAGAAAGAAGGGUACCUUGAGGUGGAACAUACCUCUCUCUUUCUCAAGAAACGAGGCAACAAAGCAGUGGUCCAGAAGGAGAAGAAAUACUUCCAUAGCUGGAUGAAAACAGAGGUCAACAAGGAAGGAAACCCAGUCGAUGAAAACCUCUGCUUAAAAAAAGCUGUCCGGGGAGCAGAAGUUUCCGUGAGAAGCAUCAGAAACACAGCUCCUCCCCAAACCCCCACUGCAUCUCAUGCCGUUCCAUAUAGCCCUGAACGCCCCAUUAGCAACACCACAGAGGCCUUCACCAGCAGUACUACUGGAAACGCCAGCCAAAACCACAGCCAGAGUCAGCAACCCAGUCUGCAGAUGACUGGAAGGACGGAGACAUCAUGGGUUCCCUGGACCACUCAGCCCUUCUCCAGCACCACAGAAGAGACUAGACUGGGAGAGCCAGUGAGAUGCAACUUCACCGUGACGGAGUCCAGGGUCUCCAGCCGGUCCGCGUCCAUCCAGUGGAGAACUCUGGGGCCUCCCUGCAACUUUAGCCUCAUCUACAGCAGUGACACACCAGGGUUCACGAGGUGCCACCCCGUGAGGAUAGACACCACCACCUAUGAAUGUAACCCCGAGGAUUUACAAGCCGGAACCGUCUACAACUUCACGAUUGUGCCUCUGGACGGAGAAGAAAGAACUGUGGUGUUGCAAACAGACCCUCUACCUCCUUCAAGGUUUGAGGUCAGUCAAGACAAGGCUACUUCAACCAGCUUGCAUGUUUCGUGGACUUCUUCUGGAAGAGUCACGGGCUAUGAGGUGCAGUUAUUUGAUGACAGCAAAAAGAUACAGGAGGCCCACAUUCAAGAAAGUACUUCAGGGAAUGAAUAUGCCUUUGGUAACCUUACUGCUGGUAAUAAAUACAAUAUUGCUAUCACAGCUGUUUCUGGACAUAAACGUUCCUCAACAAUUUAUACCAAUGGAUCAACAGUGCCAUCCCUGGUGAAAGACAUUGGUAUUUCAGCGCAAACUAAUUCUCUCCUGAUUUCCUGGUCCCAUGGCUCCGGGAAUGUGGAAAGAUACCAGCUGAUACUGAUGGAUAAAGGGAUCCUAGUUAAUGGCACUGUCGUGGACAAACAUACUACUUCCUACACUUUUCACGGACUGACGCCUGGCCAUCUCUAUAACCUCACCAUUAUAACUGAGGCUGCAGGGCUGCAAAACCGCAAGUGGAAACUGGCCAGGACAACCCCCAUGGAAGUCUUAAAUCUGAAGGUGACAAAUGAUGGCACUCUGACCUCUCUAAAAGUCAAGUGGCAAAUACCUCCUGGAAAUAUAGAUUUCUAUAACGUUACCCUGUCUCACCAAGGGACCAUCAAAAACUCCAGACGAUUAGAACCCCAGGUUACGGAAACCCAAUUUAAAGACUUAACCCCUGGACGACUUUAUCAAGUUACUGUCAGCUCUGUCUCUGGUGAAUUGUCUGCUCACAAGAUGGCAGUUGGCAGAACAGUUCCAGAGAAAGUUGGGAACCUGGAAGCACACAGCAACGGUUCGGCAAGGUCCCUGGUAGUGGGCUGGUCGCCCCCUGCUGGAGACUGGGAGCAGUAUCGGAUCCUGCUCUUCAAUGAUUCUUGGGUGCUGCUCAAUGUCACCGUGGGAAAGGAGGAAACACACUAUGUCAUAAAUGACAUGGGGCUGAUACCAGGAAGGCAGUAUGAUAUAGAAAUCAUUGUUGAGAGUGGAAAUCUGAAGAACUCUAAGCGUUGCCAAGGCAGGACAGUCCCCCUGGCUGUUCUCCAGCUUCGUGUCAAACAUGCAAAUGAAACCUCCCUGGGCAUCCUAUGGCAGGCCCCAGUUGCAGAAUGGGAGAAAUACAUCAUCUCCCUAGCAGACAGAGACCUCUUGCUCAUCCACAAGUCACUCCCCAAAGAUGCCAAAGAAUUCACUUUUACUGACCUAGUGCCUGGUCGAAAAUACAUAGCUACUGUCACCAGUAUUAGUGGAGACUUAAAAAAUUCAUCUUCAAUGGAAGGAAGAACAGUCCCUGCCCAAGUGACUGGCUUGCAUGUGGCCAACCAAGGGACAACCAGCAGCCUGUUCACUAACUGGACCCAGGCAAUGGGAGACGUAGAGUUCUACCAAGUCUUGCUCAUUCAUGAAAACGUGGUCAUCAAAAACGAAAACAUCUCCAGUGAGACCAGCACAUACAACUUCCACUCCCUCAAGUCGGGCAGUCUCUACUCCGUGGUGGUAACAACAGUCAGCGGAGGGAUCUCCUCCCGACAGGCUGUGAUGGAAGGAAGGACAGUCCCUUCCAGUGUGAGUGGAGUAACGGUAAACAAUUCUGGCCGUAAUGACUAUCUCAGUGUAUCCUGGCUGCCAGCUCCUGGAGACGUGGAUAACUACGUAGUGACACUCUCUCAUGACGGCAAAGUGGUUCAGUCCCUUGUCAUUGCCAAGUCUGUCAGCGAAUGCUCCUUCAGCUCCCUCACCCCAGGCCGCCUCUAUGAUGUGACUGUAACUACAAGGAGUGGCAAGUAUGAAAAUCAUUCCCUCAGCCAAGAUCAGACAGUGCCCAACAAGGUCCAGGGGGUCAGUAUUAGCAACUCAGCCCGGAGCGACUAUUUAAAGGUGUCCUGGGUGCAUGCCACUGGAGACUUCGACCACUAUGAAGUCACUAUUAAGAACAAAAACAACUUCACUCAAACCAAAAGCAUUCCCAAGUCUGAAAAUGAGUGUGUGUUUGUUCAGCUGGUCCCUGGACGGUUGUACAGUGUCACUGUUAGUACAAAAAGUGGACAGUAUGAAGCCAGCGAACAAGGGAAUGGGAGAACAAUCCCAGAGCCUGUUAAGGACCUAACAUUGCGGGAUAGGAGCACUGAAGACCUUCAGGUGACUUGGUCCCGAGCUAACGGGGAUGUCGACCAGUAUGAGAUUCAACUGCUUUACAAUGACAUGAAAGUAUUUCCUUCUAUUCAUCUUGUAAAUAAUGCAACCGAGUAUCGAUUCACCUCCCUAACACCAGGGCGCCAGUAUAAAAUUCUUGUGCUGACGAUCAGUGGAGACGUGCAGCAGUCAGCCUUCGUUGAGGGCUUCACGGUUCCUAGCACAGUCAAAAACAUUCACAUUUCUCCCAAUGGGGCAACAGAUAGCCUGACAGUGAACUGGACUCCCGGAGGAGGAGAUGUGGACUCCUACGUAGUGUCUGCAUUCAGGCAGAACCAAAAGGUUGACUCUCAGACUAUCUCCAAGGACGUCUCCAAGCAUACUUUCCACAGGCUGGAGGCUGGGGAACAGUACCAGAUCGUCAUCUCCUCGGUGAGCGGAUCCCUGCGGAAUCAGAUAGACGCGCUUGGGCGGACAGUCCCAGCCUCUGUCCAGGGGAUAACUGCAGACAAUGUAUACAGCAGCCAUUCCUUAGUAGUAAACUGGCAAAAAGCCGUUGGUGUGGCAGAAAGAUAUGACAUCCUACUUCUAAAUGAAAACGGGAUCCUUCUGAGUAACACAUCAAAGCCAGCCUUGACUAAGCAGCACAAAUUUGAAGACCUGACACCAGGAAAGAAAUACAAGAUACAGAUCCUCACUGUCAGCGGAGGCCUUUUUAGCAAAGAAGCCCAAACUGAAGGCCGAACAGUCCCAGCAGCUGUCACCAAUCUGCAGAUCACCGAGAACUCCACCAGACACCUAUCCUUCAGCUGGACUUCAUCACAGGGAGAGCUCAACUGGUACAACAUCUUUCUGUACAACCCAGACCGAACUCUGCGGGAGAGAGCUCAGGUUGACCCACAAGUCCAGAGCUUUUCUUUCCAGAACUUACUGCAAGGCCGAAUGUACAAACUGGUGAUUGUAACUCACAGUGGGGAGCUGUCUAAUGAGUCUUUCAUAUUUGGUAGAACAGUCCCAGCCUCUGUGAGUAAUCUCAAGGGAUCCAAUCAGAACAUGACAGACAGUCUGUGGUUCACCUGGAGCCCAGCCCCUGGGGACUUCGACUUUUAUGAGCUGAUUCUCUAUAAUCCCAAUGGCACAAAGAAGGAAAACUGGAAAGAGAAGGACCUGACAGAGUGGGGUUUUCAUGGCCUUGUUCCUGGAAGGAAAUACACCUUGUGUGUGGUAACCCACAGUGGCGAUCUCAGCAACCAGGCCACCGGGGAGAGCCGAACAGCCCCAAGCCCUCCUAGUCUUAUGUCAUUUACUGAUGUUGCAAACACAUCCUUGGCCAUCACCUGGAAGGGGCCACCUGACUGGACAGACUACGAUGACUUUGAGGUGCAGUGGUUCCCCAGAGAUGCAAUCACAGUCUUCAACCCCUACAGCAACAGAAAAUCAGAAGGACGCAUCGUGUAUGGUCUUCGUCCAGGGAGAUCCUAUCAAUUCAGUGUCAAAACCGUCAGUGGCGACUCCUGGAAAACCUACAGCAGACCAAUCUCUGGAUCUGUGAGGACAAAGCCAGACAAGAUACAAAACCUGCAUUGCCGGCCUCAGAACUCCACAGCCAUUGCCUGUUCUUGGAUCCCUCCUGAUUCCGACUUCGAUGGGUAUAGCAUUGAAUGCCGGAAAAUGGACACUCAAGAAGUUGAGUUUUCCAGAAAGCUGGAGAAGGAAAAAUCUUUGCUCAAUAUCAUGAUGCUAGUGCCCCAUAAGAGAUACCUGGUGUCCAUCAAGGUGCAGUCAGCUGGCAUGACCAGCGAGGUGGUGGAAGACAGCACUAUCACAAUGAUAGACCGCCCUCCUCCCCCUCCUCCACAUAUCCGUGUGAAUAUAAAGGACGUGCUAAUUAGCAAAUCUUCCAUCAACUUUACUUUCAACUGCAGCUGGUUCAGUGAUACCAAUGGUGCUGUGAAAUACUUCACAGUGGUAGUGCGAGAGGCCGAUGGCAGUGAUGAGCUGAAGCCAGAACAACAGCACCCUCUGCCCUCCUACCUGGAAUACAGGCACAAUGCCUCCAUUCGAGUGUAUCAGACCAAUUAUUUUGCCAGCAAAUGUGCCGAGAGUCCUGACAGCAACUCCAGGAGUUUUAACAUUAAGCUUGGAGCAGAGAUGGACAGCCUGGGUGGAAAAUGUGAUCCCAAUCAGCAAAAAUUCUGUGAUGGACCGCUGAAGCCGCGUACUGCCUACAGAAUCAGUAUUCGAGCUUUUACACAGUUGUUUGAUGAGAACCAAAAGGAAUUCACAAAGCCACUCUAUUCAGACACAUUUUUCUCUUUGCCUAUCACCACUGAGUCAGAGCCUUUGUUCGGAGUUAUUGAAGGUGUGAGUGCUGGUCUGUUCUUAAUUGGCAUGCUGGUGGCUGUUGUGGCCUUAUUCAUCUGCAGACAGAAAGCGAGCCAUGGUCGAGAAAGACCUUCUGCCCACCUGAGCAUCCGCCGGGAUCGACCAUUAACUGUCCACUUGAACCUGGGCCAGAAAGGUAACCGGAAAACUUCUUGCCCAAUAAAAGUAAAUCAGUUUGAAGGGCACUUCAUGAAGCUGCAGGCUGACUCCAACUACCUUCUGUCCAAGGAGUACGAGGACUUAAAAGACGUGGGUAGAAACCAACCGUGUGACAUUGCACUCUUGCCGGAGAAUAGAGGGAAAAAUCGAUACAACAAUAUAUUGCCCUACGAUGCCUCUCGAGUGAAGCUGUCCAAUGUGGAUGACGACCCGUGCUCCGACUACAUCAACGCCAGCUACAUCCCUGGCAACAACUUCAGAAGAGAAUACAUUGCUACUCAAGGACCUCUUCCUGGCACUAAGGAUGACUUCUGGAAAAUGGCGUGGGAACAGAAUGUUCACAACAUUGUCAUGGUGACCCAGUGUGUGGAGAAGGGCCGAGUAAAAUGUGACCAUUACUGGCCGGCGGACCAGGAGUCCCUCUACUACGGGGACCUCAUCCUGCAGGUGCUCUCAGAGUCUGUGCUGCCCGAGUGGACCAUCCGGGAGUUUAGGAUAUGCAGCGAGGAACAGCUCGAUGCACACAGACUCAUCCGCCACUUUCACUACACGGUGUGGCCAGACCAUGGAGUCCCAGAGACCACCCAGUCCCUAAUCCAGUUUGUGAGAACUGUCAGGGACUACAUCAACAGGACACCUGGUGCUGGGCCCACCGUGGUGCACUGCAGUGCCGGUGUGGGUAGGACUGGAACCUUUAUCGCAUUGGACCGAAUCCUCCAGCAAUUAGACUCCAAAGACUCUGUGGACAUUUAUGGAGCGGUGCAUGACCUAAGACUUCACAGGGUUCACAUGGUCCAGACUGAGUGUCAGUACGUGUACCUGCAUCAGUGUGUAAGAGAUGUCCUCAGGGCAAGGAAGCUACGGAGUGAACAAGAAAACCCCCUGUUUCCAAUCUACGAAAAUGUGAACCCAGAGUAUCACAGAGAUGUGGGCUAUUCAAGGCAUUGAGAAUGUGCCCGAAGAUAUCCUGGAUAAAAGCUAUUCACCAUGUGAUUUUUUAAAAACUCACUUUAUGCUCUACAGAGGUGCCAGCUAUUUCUAUUGAUACUAUGUAUAAUUUAUUAAUCUGGAGAAUUUUAAAGAAUUUAUGUAAUUUAAAAGUAACAGAUAUUAUUGUACAUAGUUGUAUUUUGUAGUUUCUUCUGUAAAUAUGUAUUUUUCAUAAUGUUUAAUAUUAAGCUUUAUAUAAUGCUAUUUUCCACACUAAAGUGUUCAUGGGUUGUUCUACAUAAACAAAUUCAACCUGUAUGACAGGACUGCUGUACGAGGGGGUGGGGUAGCCGCAGAGGCGACUCCUGGGGCCGUGCUUUUUACCGGUUUUGAUAUUCACCGAACAGGACAAAGGAUGGGGCUGGAGAGAGUGUGUAGUGUGCUGGCUUCGCUGCUUGCAGUCCUGUGAAUCUUGGGCUCCAAAGAUGAUCCAAACGCUGCUUGGACAGAUAGGACAGUCACAGAAAGGACUGGGAAGAGGAGGAAGGUACUGAGUAGCAUGAAAGCUGAAGGAGGUGGUUCAGCCAGAAGCGGUUGCUCUCUCCCCUUUUUCCUGCCAGAGGUCAAGCCUGGGGCCUGCAGUGCGAGUCAGGGCUGCAGGGUGGAGGGUGUCCAUAGAGAGGGAUGCAGACAAAAGUAGCUCAUUCCUUACAUCAAGGAGAAUGCCACCUGGAACCCUGACUGGAAAUAGAGUCAUCAUGCAACGCACCCCCCACAGGGACAGGAGAUGAUGUCACCGCAUUGUGGGGUGGAGGGGCACUGCGCAUGCCCUGAUGGUAAUGGAUGUGUUGGUAGAAGUAAGCACACUGGUCUUUGUCUCAUUUCCAGUGGGCUGCACUCCUGGAAAAAUCAAAAUCAUGCCAGUCAUACUGGUUUUUCCAUCAGAAGAUUGUAGUGGCAGAUUAAAGCAAGAAGAAAAAUAAGCGAAAUUUUAGACUAAUGUUGCUCAACAGGAAACACAUGAAUCCACAGAAAGACAAAUCCAUUUUGGCUUUUUGUUCAUCCAGAAAACUUUCACUGAGUGCCUGCAACCUGCUAGGCAGUGUUUAGAAACUACACAUUUCUAAUGACGUAAAGAAUGCUGCACAAUAACCAAGAUAGGGUUCCUGUGACCAUUUUCGGUUAAUCCUGAAGAGGGCCCUCGGGGAGACAGGGAGGGAGCCGAGCCAGGCCAGGGCAGGCUUCCCGGGGUCAUGCUGGCAAGUGCCCUUGCUGCUUCCACAGCAAACCACUGCGUCUAGGAAGGACAUCAAUUCAUUACACAAAGCAAGAAUUGAAACGGUAACUACCUGCACACCUGGAGCAGCAGAUAACACUCACAUACCCUGGUGUAUCUAGGGUGGAAUCAGAGCUGUGGAAAUCGACAUGACAAGGGAAAACUCUAUGUUCUUUUGGUCUAAUCCAGGAAAUACUUAUUCUUACCCUCCACCUAAUUUUAAAUUUCCUCGGCAAGAAUUAUUUCACUAACUUUCCUCCUGCCACCACCAAAGACUAAAUACAUAAUCUAGUUUAUCUAUUAAAUUUAGGAAGGGGGAAAAAAGGUUUUCUUGACAUUCAGCUCAAUUGGCUAUAUUUUAAUUCAAUUCCAUCAUAGGUUAUGUCUCGGUAAACACUCCAUUUCCUGUCGUGCUGGGCAUCCGGACUGUGCACCUGUGAGAUACACUUUAAUCAUCCAUCUUCAAAGUGCUUUGGAGUUAUCGAAUCUUGAGAGAGGCCCAUCUUGCAUCUUAAUAAUUAUUUAUCCAGGUUCUUUAACUCCUUUAAUCUCUACUCAUUAAGUCAAUUUUGUCUUAUCAUUCAGUUGUUCUCUGGAUAGCAGCCAAUUUUUCAGCUCUUAAAUCAGAUUUUUUAAAAGACUUACCUCCCUAUCUGGGCCUGCACAUAUUUGUCCUGAGUGAUUUAAUGUUCUUUAGAGAUUAUGAGGUCCUAUUUUUUACUACUUGGCCCCUGCUUCCUUUGGAAUAUGUUUGCUUUCCCAAUCUGUUCAUUUUAUUUUCUGUUCAUUUUAUCUCCUCAUAUUCAUUAGUAUUUUGUAGUCUUUUCAGGCUCCAUCCAAGACCACUUAUAAAUACUAAAAUGACCACAGCACAGACAUUUGGGGUCCAGUUUUACUUGGGAGGACCUUUAAUUAAUUUUUCAUUAUCUCUUGGAAGAAAACCCGAAAUGACAUGUGAAAAUAAUGUAAAACUGCUAAGCAGGUGCCCAGGAAUAUAAAAAUAGACCUCAUAUGUUAAUACUUCACCAUCUGAUUCUCUUGCCUUAGUGUCUCAGGAAGCAGCUCCUUAUUAAACAUUCUUCCUACCUUUUGCAAGAAGAUUAUCCACUAGAUACUAAGUCCGCAUUCACUCAACUUUCUGGGUGUUUGAGGUUGGAAUCCUGAAACCAUAACCUGCCAGAUCUGACAGUGAGCAGUAGGGUCUGGGCCCCAACUCUGGAGUCUUCCAAACUCAGGUUCACACGCAUGAGCCAGAGUGAACUUGACCUGGUGAAAAACAACAGGUAAUAAACUGCUUGUUUGAGGUAGCAGUUCAAGAACUUGCCAGGUUCCUUUUCACUGAGGAAAUGAAAGCAAUUGAUCAGCAGAAACUGAGUGGUGAGCAGGUGGCUGUGAGCAAGGCUGCAACCCUACCUCAUUUCUGAAGAGUGAGAGCAGAGAAGGCUCUUCUCAGCCCGCCUUCCCCGAGCUUCUGAGUAUUCUUGACCCAAGACUUCAAAUCACGUCAGGUGUCCAAAGAAUGUUUCACGUAGAAGGAAAAUCUGUAAACGGUGACUGCCGAGAACAAGUGCCAUGAUGCAAAGGAGGGGAAAUAUUUGAAAAGAUCUAACCAGACAUCAUCAGGAAGAGAAAACGGCAGCUCUUCUGUGCGUCCAGGCUGUUGUUUGAAAACCUCCCGCGUCUCUGUUAGGGCCUGUUACCCUUCGGGGAAUUAAUUCACUUUGAUCGUGUUGGCCAGAUGAUUUACCUGAUUAAACUGUUGAGUUGAUUCCUUUAGCUUUGUAAAUUGA